AUGGAAGCUCGCAAAGGGAGUCCUACUGACGACAAGGGUCCCAAGAUCCUGGCCGUACUAUGGGGACUGACUGGCUUCACAUUGAUUGUCGUCUCAGCUCGUAUGACUAUCCGGGCAAAGAUGCUUCGGAAUUUCGGCCUGGAUGACUGGCUGAUUGCCUUUUCGAUGCUUAUGGGCAUUGUUUACUGUGCCAUCACGACAGCCAACAUCGCAAUCGGAUACGGUAAACACGCCUACGUGCUCGAGCAGGAGACAGUCGAGAGAGCCAGUUUUCUAAAUUCUCUCAGUUUCCUCUUCGGCAUCAUCUCGUUUUCGGUGCCGAAACUUGCCGUCGGGGCCAUGUUGAUUCGGAUCCUCAACCCGAGCACCAUGCACAAGACAAUCAUAUGGGGGUUGACUGGCCUGGGUGCUACUAUCUCAGGUAUCUGCAUCAUUAUACUCUUUACCAUGUGUGACCCGCCACACGCGCUCUGGAAGACGUCCCUUGUCAUGGAGGGCAAGGCAACCUGUAAGGACGUGUGGAUUUUGGUCAAUUAUGCCAUGUUUACAGGAGCGUACUCUGCCUUUAUCGACUUGUAUCUUGCAAUCUACCCGACAACCGUGCUGAUGAAGCUGCACAUGUCCCUCCGAAAGCGACUUGCACUGUGCGCAGCUUUAGGACUCGGAGCUAUUGCCUCUGCAAUGGCCGUCGUCAAAUGCACGCAACUGAAAGGUCUCGCUGAUAAAUCGGACUACACAUACGGGACUGCCGACCUCGUUCUCUGGACCAAUGUAGAAUCCGACGUCGUCAUCAUCGCCUCCUGCAUCCCAACCCUCCAACCAGUCCUCGAACUAAUCCUCGGAAAACGAAAGCUCUCAUCCUACAGCGGAUCGAAGAACAAAUACAAAGGAAGCCAGCAACUCCAUGAUUCCGAGUACGGACGGGGCAGCAAGCCGUCUAAGAAACAGGGGAAAAUGGAUCUGACAAUCACCGGCGUGGGGAGCGAGGAGAGUAUCCUGAGGGAUGAUGCGAAUGGAAACCAGGGGCAUCCCAUGGGCGCCAUUCGAAGGACAGAUAAUGUUACGGUUGAGUAUGAGAGCAGGAUGGGUGGGCAUGACCAGAUGGGUAUUCGGAGGGAGGAUAGGGGGUCUUGGUGA